CAUUCAUCAAAAUUUCAAACCUUGCUAUUUCUAUACUUCAGAUAAAAAACACUAUUAAGUGCUAGUUCUCAUUAGUGAUAAGAAAGAGAGAUAAAAUAUGGGUUUGAAAGGAAAGUUGAUUUCACAAACAGAGAUCAAAGGUUGUAAAGAUCUCUUUCAUGAAAUGUUUAGGCACAAACCACACAAUAUUCCCAAUGUUACUCCCAAACUAAUUCAAGCGGUCAAUUUGCAUGAAGGAGAUUGGGGUACGGUAGGCUCCGUAAUCAACUGGAAUUAUACUCUGGAUGGGAAAGAGGAGGUUGUGAAGGCGGUUGUUGAAGACAUAGACGAAGAAAAAAGGUUAGUGACAUUCAGGGCACUUGAAGGUCAUUUUAUUGAGCAAUACAAUGCCUUCAAAGCAACAGUUCAUAUUGAGAAUGAAGGAGAAAACAACUUGGUCUUAUGGACUGUCGAAUAUGAGAAGCAGAAUGAAGACGUUCCAGAACCCCUCUCUUAUUUGCAAUUAUACCUUAAUAUGACCAAAGAUAUUGACGCCCACCAUGUUAACCAGUAAUAUCCUAUGUUGCUUGAACUCUUCAAAAAUGUAUAAGAGUGCGUGUUAGAUCCUCUAAAAGUAGUACAUUUUUAGAGGAUCCAACACGAGUUUGACAUUAUUUUUGGAGAGCCCGAACAACAUAAAUAAUAUCUAUGAUCGAGAGAAAAUUAAUUAUGUUGUGAAUAAAGGGAGUUCCGCGUUCUCUACGAAAGUGGUUGUGAUUGCUUCCAGUUCAAGAAUUUGAGUGGUUGUGCUUGCUGAUGUUUGUAUUUCUCGUAAAGAUGUUUGCUUUGUUGUAUUUCAUGAAAUAUUGUACUUACUAUUUUGGACUGAAAAAGGUGCCCUUUGAAAAUUUGCAAUGGAUUUUUGAAUGCCUUUGGCGUACGAUUAA